GCUUCUUGAAAUCGGUCGCAGCGGGAGACGCUCUGUCCGUCGUCUAUAUACCCUCCCUCGCCGUCCUUCCUCCCCUCCCAUUGUUUCUCGUAGCUUCCUUCUUCCUUCCGUCCCCUCCCUAUUAGGGUCACCUGGGCGUUCUUGCGAAGCUGUUCGAGCGAGGGGAGAUGGCGGGCAAGCGGAAGGCCGACGACAACCUGACCGGAACAAGGCAUCUGGCUGCGCGGACGGAGCCUACAGCCGGCGACGACCUCGCCGGUACAUCGGCGCAGACUUCAGGGCCGACGGCGAAUGCAGCCGGGGACGGCAUUGCCGGGACUUCGCAGGCGCUUGCGGGGCUGACGGCGGCGACUACAGGCUCCGCCGGCGGCUCUUCCCAGUUCGGUGGAGUUCUCGGGAGCGGGGCCUGGUCGGGGCAGAGGGGAAGGGGACUCGCUCCGCCGCACCGGCAGACUUUUCCAGGGAAGACGGCGACUACACCAGCCUUCUCAGUAGGUGGAGCUGCUCGCGGGGCCGGGGGCGGGUCGGGGUACAGGGGAUUCUCCCAGCCGCAGCCGCAUAGGAGGGCGCCAUCUCAGGGGAUGCUUCGGCCGCCGCUGGGCAAUCCACCCGGUGGGCGUCCGGCCUUCACCUACCAGUACCAUAACCAGAUCGCCGGCCCCUUGCAGACAGGAACAGGCCACUCCGGCUCCAGCGGGCCUUCUUCGGCCAUCACUUCCGCAAGCGCGCCAGGUGCUCCAGUUCCAGUCAGUCCCCUCGUCGAGGCGUGCCCUCGUUGCAAGAGGCCCCCCACGUUCGUGUUUUCGGGAUGUGCGCCAUUUUGCGUGGAUUGCUACGCCAAGAUCGUCCUCAGCAACGUGCUUCAGAAGCACCCGGAGAUCCGCUACGUGCAUCCGCCUCCAGGGGCUGCGGCCAUUAGGCCUUCUUCCAGUUCCAGCUCGAGCUCGGCCGUCGGUUCGGGGCCGAUCUGCCCGGCUUGUGGCCACCCCUUGGGCACCGGCAACAGGGCGUGCAGGUUUUGCCACAGCAACGGCCCUCCACCGCCAGGGCUCGGCUAGCUCACAUCAUAUCUCGUCGCUCCAAUGUCUUCUGAACUCUGGGAGCCUUUUCUACUUGCUCUGUUUUGACAAAGAUGCUUGCUCUGUUUCGACAAAGAUGUGGCCAAAUGUGGCAAUACA